GAUUCCCAUUGGCCAAUUAUUUAAAUGCCCAAUGUUUACGUGAAAGCACAAACUCGGAGAACGUAUUUAAAGAACGAACUUUUGUCUGUGGAAUAAGGUGACAGUGCAAUAUGGAUUGUCCAGAGUUAGUCUGUUCGGUUGCCAUUGAAAAGCUAGACACCAGUGGCGAAGUCACCAAACGAACAAUGUGCAGGAACGGUUCUCUUAUCUUAGGAAGGAAUGAGUUCAGGGAUGUUCUUCUGAAAGUUCAUACAGGCAAGACCUCAUCAACCCUGGUGAUGCAGGAUGUAGUCCUCCACCGUCGGUUCGCCAGUGAUGGCAAGGCCUGCAUCAGACUGCCCAAGAAGUGCCUUCAGGUGAUGAUCUCUAACUGCCCUCCACAUCAGCUCAAGUCAUUCCUCAAGAGCUUAGCCCUCAAGAUGGCAUGCAAGAAGACGGAUAAGGUUGUCAGUGAUAGAACCCGUCUGCUGUCUGAGCUACCCCAGCAGUUCAACGAGAUCAGCCCCAUGAACCAGGGUGAUGUGGACACCGUCAACAACCAAAGAGCCAAGAUAGCUGAAGCCAAAGGCACUUCUACCACCCCAGCAGCUAGGGCUAAGAAGAGGGGCAGGAAUGGAAUGGAAAAACCAGCUGAACGGGAGGCUCCUCGCAAGAAGCUCCAUCUGAACACAUUGCAUAAGACGCCCCCUCUGUCCAACGAACAGAAGAGGGUUCUCAAUGCUGUCCUGUCCAGGCAGAGCAUUUUUUUCACGGGUAGCGCUGGGACGGGAAAGUCUUUCUUGCUUCGGCACAUCAUCAGUGCCCUCCCACCGGAUUCGACCUUUGCCACUGCGAGCACGGGGGUGGCAGCUUGUCACAUCGGAGGGACAACAUUGCAUCAGUUUGCAGGUAUAGGUUCAGGCACAGGACAACUUCCACAGCUCAUUGAACUAGCAUCAAGGCCUACCAGGAGACAACAGUGGCGUAAAUGCAAGCAUCUGAUUGUUGACGAGAUCUCUAUGAUUGACGGGGAUUUCUUCACCAAACUUGAGGCUGUAGCACGAGUAAUCAAGCGCUGUGAUGAGCCGUUUGGUGGAAUUCAGUUGAUCCUGUGUGGAGAUUUCUUGCAGCUACCACCAGUCGUUAAAAGAGGAGAGAAACAGAAGUUCUGCUUCCAGUCCCCAGCGUGGCAUCGCUGUAUUCAGGUGAACUUUGAACUGAUGGAAGUGAAACGUCAGAAGGAUCCAGCGUUCAUCAACAUCUUACAGAAGAUUAGAGUCGGACGUUGUUCUGCUGAAGUUACUGACUGUUUGACAGGUACAGCCAAGCACUGCGUGGACACAGAAGGCAUUCAUGCUACCAGGUUGUGUACUCACAAGGAAGACGUAGACCAACUCAACAAUGUUCACCUCAACAAACUCAUAGGCGAUGUGAGGGUGUUUGAAGCGAUGGACAGUGACCCUUCACUUGUUAAACAGACCAACAGUCAAUGUCCGGUCAGGCAAAGGAUUGACCUCAAGAUUGGUGCACAGGUUAUGCUAGCCAAGAAUCUGGAUGUACAUAAAGGUCUAGUGAAUGGAGCAAGGGGAGUGGUCACCGGCUUCGAAUCAGGGAUGAAAGGUAACCCCAAGGUGCGGUUCAUGUCUGGUCUAGAGGAGGUGAUAAGACCGGAGCGCUGGUCCAUGUGCAUCGGUCAAUCUCUGAUCCUCACCAGGAGGCAGCUCCCUCUCAAGCUAGCCUGGGCCAUCUCCAUCCACAAAAGUCAGGGCAUGUCUCUGGACUGUGUAGAGAUCUCCCUCUCCCGUGUCUUUGAGUGCGGCCAGGCGUACGUCGCCCUCUCCAGGGCUACCAGCUUGCAGGGGCUCCGGGUCCUGGACUUUGACGGGAGCUGCGUCAGGGCGCAUCCAGACGUGAUCCGGUUCUACGUCCAGCUGCGGAAAGAGCAGAGGCACUUGCAGCAGACUUCCAUCCGACGAUACGGUACAGAGGACAAAGAAAACUAUUCAUGAUGGGACUAUUGAAGCUAUUACUUGUCCAUCUACGUUUGUAAUAGACAGUGGGUCUGCUAGAUUUUCAAUCGCAGUAGACCUUGAUCUGAUACUAUGACAAUCGAUCAGCAGGAGAGAGAAAGCUUUGGGCCAGAGUAUUGACGCUCCUGUGUACCUCUACUAGGCCUGAUACAGUACAAUGAUGCCCGUAUAUAAAGACUGCUCAAGGGAGUCAAGAAAAGUGGUCCCUAUAGGUAGGUGGUCUUUAUGUACAGGUGCCAAUUAGAACCAAUCUCAGGAGAUGUGGUCUUUCUAACCAGGUGGUUGCUACAGCAGGGUUCUCUGUAUUUCUUUGUUGGUGCAGCUCAUCAAAACUUGGGAAACAGUGCAAUGUUAUCUUGUGCCUACGAUUAGUGGACAUUAGCUGUGAUGAAAUAAAGUCUCACUAGAGUGACACUGCUGAUCAUUAAAAACUUGUGAACCUCUUGUACUAAUUCAAAUCUGAUGCUGCAACAAUAAGAGUAAAGCACUUGCCAUUAAUUGGUCUUGUAUGCCUGGUACAGAGUCACUUUGCCAUUGGAGACCAUCAAACACCUGUGAAACUCUUCAAUAGAUUUCAGUCCGUUGCUCUUUGGUAAUCAGGAAAUGAGAAACUGUAUGGGAUGAUUGCAGCUAUAAGAUGUAUGCCUGCCGAAGGAACACUCUGUUGAUUCAGAGUAAUAUUAUUGAAAACAUUAACAACAUAGACUAUGAAUGGGAUUACUGAAGCUCGUAAUUAGCUACUUGCCUGCCAAAAUCUCGCUUGGUGAUGAGUUUUAAAAAAUCUGCCACAUUCUGAACGUGUGUCACUGCUAUUAAUAAUUUAUUGAUUGCCGUUAGCCCGUAAUGACUGAUGUUCCUUGUACUACUAAUUGAGAUAAUAUUCAUUUGCCACCACCACCCAGGUGAAGUAAAUGGGUACCUAGUAGGAAUUUAUUCUUGAAAUGCUAGAGCGCCGUAUGGCAGCCGUGCUAAAGCCAGGGUAAUAAUCGGGAGCGCCAGGAGGGUCAAAUCUGACUGACAAGAGCGCUAUACAAGAACCCACUAUUAUUAUUAUUAUUAUUAUUAUUAUGUGAUUAGUUUCAUCUCAUUUUUGGAAAAUAACAUAUGAAUAUGAUUUUCUCAUUGACCAAGUAUCUUGUUGUGCUCAGCACAUUUUUGACAGAUAUUUAAUCCAUUCAUGAAAAAGACCAUGACCAGAAUCUCAUUUUUAAAUUAAUUUUGAAUCUCACCCCUCUUUGUGUUAUUUUUUAUAAAUUUCCUACAUUUUUUUUACUUAGUAAAACAAAUUCAUUGGUGCUACAUGUAUAUGUAUUCAAAGAUUAAAUGACCUGCUAAAAAAAAAAAUCACUGACAUUGAAAUGUAAUUGAUAUAUUUAUGUUUAUCACUUUUUAUGGAAGUCAUGUGUGUGUGAUAUUUAUUUUCUGAAAGAACGUGCCAGUGACAGUCAUGAAGAAAAAAAUAAUGUGUAUUUCUGUCGUAUUGCAUGUUUUUAUAUUUUGUAUUUUUGAUAUGCAAAAUAAAUUUUUUCAAAAUUGAAA